AUGGCACCCAGCGCAACCCUGCCAGUUGAUUCCCAUUCGCCUCCUGACGGUUUCAUGGACGAUGCCACGACCAAGAGCAGGAACAAUGGGCCAUUGAAAAAGAGUGGUGCACUGGACUCUGCAUUUGACUUCGAGGAAGUCACUCCGGUGAUCGGAAGAGAAUAUCCCACGACCAAUAUUGUUAGUGACCUGCUGGAGUCGUCUAAUGCCGACGAGCUGCUGCGUGAUCUUGCCAUCACUAUCAGUGAACGUGGCGUCGUCUUCUUCCGCAGGCAAGACAACCUCAGCAACGAACUGCAGAAGAAGUUCAUCCAGCGUCUGGGUGAGCUGAGUGGGAAGCCAUCGACAUCAACGCUGCAUGUGCAUCCUGUCCUGAACGACUCAAGCGAAUUUGGCGUGGGCGACAAUGAGAUCAGCACCAUUUCGUCGUUGCAGCGGAAGAAGUUGUUCGGACCCGCUCCGGCCAACAAGCGCAGGUACGACGCUGCCCAGUGGCACAGCGACAUCCAGUUCGAGACAUGUCCAGCUGAUUACACGAGUCUGCGACUGGUGCAAUUGCCCAAGACUGGGGGUGAUACCUUGUGGGCUUCAGGUUACGACAUUUAUGAUCGUUUCAGCAAACCUUACCAGAAAUUCUUCGAAGGACUGACUGCCACAUUCAUUGGCGAUGGAUUCAUCAAGGCCGCCGCUGAGGGCAAGACAGUCCUGUACGAAAAGCCACGAGGCUCACCCGCCAAUGUUGGCGGUAAUUUGUCUGUCGUUCAUCCUGUGGUGAGAACCAAUCCAGUCACAGGUUGGAAGAGUAUUUAUGGCCUUGGGACGUUUCCGAAAUACAUCAAUGAGCUCAGCAAGGAUGAGAGCGAUGACUUGCUCAAGAAAUUUCAUGAUGUGAUCCUGGGCAACCACGACCUGCAGGUUCGGUUCAAAUGGAGGAACUCGAAUGAUAUUGCCAUUUGGGACAAUCGUUCUGUCUUCCACUCCGCAACUUUCGACUACGAAGGUCUUGGUGAGCGUUUCGGAAACCGUGUUGUGGGCAUUGGAGAGAAGCCAUUCUUCGACCCCAACAGCAAGUCCAAGGCUGAGGCUCUUGCCGCCGAGGCUAAUGGAGUCGAGUGA